GUACGUGAUGUCCUGAACUCGGAGCGCCCAUUGCCCCAAUGAGCUUAGCUCGCUUAUUUAUCUGGAAAGAGUUUGGUUUCUUUUCCCUUGGAGACGUUUGAUUUAUACUCCGUAUUUGGAUUUUAGCGCCUCACUUUCGCAUUUCGCUUCUCGAUUUGAGCUCCUUGAUUCCGUCAUUUCCGUGGUUUAGUAGGAAAUUUGAUUCCUUCUUUGGCGGAUUUCCCGAGGAGAAGAGUUUCCUUCUCCAAGUUUCCUUUCUUUCAGGUUGCUUGAAUUUCAUUUUCAGUGCCAGAAUGUAAGGAUGAUCCAGUGACCCCUUUGGAUGUUAUUGCGGAUUUCCUGGUCAAAUUCAUGUUCUCCUCGGCGAUCUGAGCUUAAUCUUCAUUAUUCUAGACCCAAGGAUAAAACAAAGGUUAGGUUUUCCUCUCAAGACUUUCUUAAACCUAUGAUUCAUGCUUCAGCCAAACAAACUUGACAGAUACUCUGAUGAGCAUAUCUUAAUCGCGACUUAUUUAUGUGAAUCCUCUACUGGUAGACUGUUGUGUUGGUGAAUCGGGGAGCUCUGAGGUUAUUGUUGCUGUUAAGAAUCUAGAGGACUGUUUAGGAUUGAUUCCUUGGUAUUGAGGUGGAAUGGAUGUUAGCAGCGAGUCAAGUGUUGAGUUUUCCAAAAUCGGACCAUCUUCGAUUUUGGGCAGGACGAUUGCUUUCAAAAUAUUAUUCUGCAAGUCAUUGGCACAAUUAAGGUUUCAGGUUUAUCAAUUUUUGCUCUAUUACUUGACUAAGGCUAAGAAUGCUUACAUAACACCCGUGAUAUCGUGGUUUCAUCCUCGCAACCCGCAAGGAAUUUUAGCAUUAGUAAUAUUCAUUGCGUUCUUGUUGAAACGAUACACUAACAUAAAAGUGAAAGCUGAGAUGGCCUAUAGGAGGAAGUUUUGGAGGAACAUGAUGAAAUCCGCACUAAGCUAUGAAGAAUGGGCUCAUGCCGCUAAAAUGUUAGACAGAGAGACCCUUAAAGUUAAAGAGUCAGAUCUUUAUGAUGUUGAACUUGUUAUGCACAAGCUCCAAGAGCUCCAGCAUCGUCGCCAAGAAGGUUCUCUCAGAGACAUUAUGUUCUGUAUGAGAGCUGACCUUGUCAGAAACCUUGGAAAUAUGUGUAACCCGCAACUACACAAGGGAAGACUGCAUGUUCCAAAGCUUAUUAAGGAAUAUAUUGAUGAAGUUUCAACUCAGUUAAGAAUGGUUUGUGAUUCUGAUUCUGAGGAACUUUUGUUGGAGGAGAAAUUAGCUUUCAUGCAUGAAACAAGACACGCUUUCGGAAGGACGGCUUUGCUUUUAAGCGGAGGGGCAUCGCUUGGAGCUUUUCAUGUCGGUGUGGCAAAGACAUUGGUGGAACACAAGCUUUUACCCCGUAUAAUUGCAGGGUCCAGCGUUGGAUCCAUAAUCUGUUCUAUCAUAGCAACAAAGUCUUGGCCUGAGCUCCAAAGCUUCUUUGAGGAUUCAUGGCGUUCUCUGCAGUUCUUUGACCAAAUGGGUGGAAUUUUUACAGUUUUCAAGAGGGUUAUGACACAUGGAGCUGUUCAUGAGAUCAGACAGUUGCAGUGGAUGUUACGUGUCCUCACUAAUAACUUGACCUUCCAAGAAGCAUAUGAUAUGACGGGCCGGAUUUUGAGCAUUACAGUUUGCUCCCCAAGGAAGCAUGAACCCCCUAGGUGUCUAAACUACUUGACUUCGCCUCAUGUUGUUAUAUGGAGUGCAGUUACUGCUUCUUGUGCCUUUCCUGGGCUUUUUGAAGCACAAGAACUGAUGGCAAAAGAUAGAAAUGGAGAUAUUGUUCCUUAUCACCCCCCGUUUCAUUUGGGACCUGACGAGGCUGCUGCUGGUAGUGCUCGUAGAUGGAGAGAUGGUAGCUUGGAAAUUGAUUUGCCAAUGAUGCAGCUGAAGGAGUUAUUCAAUGUUAAUCACUUCAUUGUGAGUCAAGCUAACCCACACAUUGCUCCUUUACUGAGGAUGAAGGAGUUUGUUCGAGCGUAUGGUGGAAAUUUCGCUGCCAAGGUUGCUCAUCUAGUCGAGAUGGAGGUGAAACACAGAUGCAAUCAGAUACUAGAACUUGGAUUCCCUCUGGGAGGACUAGCCAAGUUGUUUGCUCAAGAAUGGGAGGGUGAUGUCACCAUUGUGAUGCCUGCAACUCUUGCUCAGUAUUCAAAAAUAAUACAAAAUCCUUCAACGGUGGAGCUCCAGAAGGCAGCAAACCAAGGAAGAAGGUGUACUUGGGAGAAGCUCUCGGCUAUAAAGGCAAAUUGUGGAAUUGAGAUUGCUCUUGAUGAGUCUGUAGCGAUACUCAACCACAUGCGUAGACUGAGAAGGAGCGCCGAGAGAGCAGCUUCUGCUGCUGCUUCCUUUUCUCAUGGCUUGGCAGCUAGCAGCAAUACAAGAUUCAACAACGGUUCUAGAAGGAUCCCUUCUUGGAAUUGCAUUGCUCGUGAAAACUCGACCGGUUCACUUGAGGAAUACCUUCCCCCUCCACCACCUCCUCCUCCUCCUGCAGCCAAUGGUGGUCCCUCAGAAGUUCUCCACCAGUGGACCCCCCACCGUAAUGUGCAUGAGGCUGUCAGUGACAGUGAAUCCGAAAGUGAUCUAAAUUCCUGGACGAGGGCUGGUGGCCCUCUGAUGAGGACAACAUCAGCAGAUAAGUUUGUAGAAUUUGUUCAGAACUUGGACACGGUUGGGGGCGUACGUGUGAACCAAGGGGUGAUGACAAUUGAGCCUCCAGCUAACGUUCCAACUCCUCAGACAUGUAGUAGCAGAGGAGGAGGAACCUUAUCCCCCAGCUCAAAGGGAGUGACCCUGGUGGUGGCAGAGGGGGACCUGCUCCAGGCUGAGAGAUUGCAUAACGGGAUCAUGUUUAACGUCGUGAAGAAAGAAGACUUAACCAUCCCAUCAUCGUCAUCAAAUGGUUCUUCUGUGGUGCACAAUAAUGACUCUGUAGCUGAUGAGGAGUGUGUGCAGCUUGACAGUCUAGUGAAAGAAAUGGAUGCCGCUAGCUCUGCUUCCUCUGAAGAAGAUGAUGAUGAUGGCGAGCAGCACAGUGACACCAGAAUACGCGGCGAGACAGAUGUAAGCAACCAAGUUUCAGAUGAGUAAAACAGUAGUUGCUUUUAAAAUUCUUGACAUACAUGAUUUUAGGUUUUUGGGGAAUAAUUCCCUAAAUAGUAUACUCUACUCAGUAAAUGUCCAUCUCAAUUUCAUUGUCCUCGCAUUUUCAAUGUCUUAGCUUCCCUCACCUAAUAAUGUCUUGAAUAAAGCUAGAAUGCACCA